GCGAGAUAGAAACUGUAGCGCGAGAAUUGCAUGUUGCGUUAAAAGCUCGUUUUGUUCGACGAAAACAAACAUACUGUUGCUAAUAUACAGUGAAUCUUAAUAACACCACCAUAGCCCACUGGACUAUCUAAGUUUUAUGCGCAACGGUGGUAGCAAUAUUUUGACUUUUACUGGGCACCCUUGGAAGGCAGUGGGGAAAUGUCCUGGUGGCCGCGCGGUGAGGACGGCGAGGAGACUCUUUAUCAGGACACAGACUCCGAUGUGGCGGAACAGCGGGAGAGCGGGAAGGUCAAGGUUAAGUGGACGCGAGAGGAGGAUGAGAACCUGAAAACUCUGGUGCAGAACAUGGGCAAUGACUGGAAGUCCAUUGCUGGCUUUUUACCGGGACGCACAGAGUAUCAGUGUCAGCAUCGCUGGAAUAAGGUUCUGAACCCAGAUCUGGUCAAGGGACCGUGGACUAAGGAGGAAGAUGAGAAGGUGAUUGAACUGGUGAAGUUGUACGGCACCAGGCAGUGGGCCCUGGUGGCAAAACACCUAAAGGGCCGGCUGGGGAAGCAGUGCCGUGAGCGCUGGCACAACCACCUCAACCCCGAUGUGAAAAAGACCUCCUGGACUCCCGAAGAGGACCUGAUCAUCUACAAGGCCCACUGCGUUCUGGGAAACCGCUGGGCAGAGAUCGCCAAGCUUCUGCCAGGGAGGACAGACAACUCGGUGAAGAACCACUGGAACUCCACUAUUAAGCGGAAGGUUGAGAUGGGCUGCUACAGUAAAGACGAUGACAUCCCCCUGACGAUGGCCCCUCUGCUGGAGCGGGGGGAGGUGACCACCUUCGAGAAAGAAGACAGACAGGUGGAGUUCCAUUGUGAUGUCGUCCUGGAUGUGGACCCUGAGCCAGAACCUGUUGAACAGGUUAGACAUGGGCGUGAUGUUACAAGCCAUAAGAUGAAGCUGAAGCUGAAGAAGGAGCCAUCGACGCCAAAGCAGAAGGCCGUGGUCUCCCCGUCAGUGCCAGUGAUGAAAGAGGCCAGCAGCCCCCCCUCUAACACUAGCCCCAGCCCCAAUGUGGGCCCCGCCCCCAGCCCCCGCCCCGGCUCCAGCGGCACGCCCCAGCAGACCCGGCAGAAGAGCAUCACGGAGGCGAUGCUGCGGAUGAUUGCAGAGGACAUGCUCCCCCUCAGCUUCGUGGAGGGGGGCGGCUUCCGCAGCUUCAUGGCAGUGGUGGAGCCCCGGUACCCGCGGCUCUCCCAGCGCACAGUGGGGCUGAAGCUAUACGACGAGGUGGAGAAGACAUUGAAGCCCUGCCUGAUCCGCCAACUGAAGAGCUGCGUGGCGGUGGGAGGGGGCGACGCUGUGGUCCACGUCACCCUGGACCUCUGGUCCAGCCAGUACGCCGAGCCCGUCAUUGCCGUGCAGCUGCACUUCAUAGACGGGGACUGGACCAUCCACCGGCCCACUGUGGCCUUCCGCCACCUCAACCGCAAAAACGUGAUGGCCGCUGUGGCACGGGAGCUGGAGGCAGUGCUGCUCAGCUAUGGCCUGUUCCCCCACAACAUCGGCUACGUCAUCACCAGCGAUGCCAAGAACACCAUCGCCACCUCCGACACCUUCUGCGACUACAAGGUUAUGUGCUCCUCCCAGAGGGGCGACCCGGACGAUGAGGAGCUGCUGGCCUUCCUUGGCGACGUGCUCCCCGCGGAUGACUUCUCCGAGGUCCAGUUCGGCUCGCGGGUCAGCUGCAUUGCCUACGUCCUGCAGCUGGUCAUCAAGGAGGCACUGAAGAACUCCCGGGUGGUGGAGAACCUGCUCUCCCAGGUGCACAACGUGAUGGCAUUCUUCCGCCGCAGCGCGUACUGGAACGAGGUGCUAGCCAAGGAGUGCGGGCUCUCCCUGGGGGCCCCGCACAACCCCAGCAGCUACCGGUGGAACUCGUCCUUCGUGUCGGUGCGGCGGAUGGUGCAGGAGGCUGUGUGGGGCUCGGUGAUGACGCUGCUCGCACAGGCUCGCAUCGAGGCCAAGGACACGUCCAGCUCCCCUCCGAUGGUCCGAGCCAAGCGCGAGCAGGUGGUGGACAUCAUCGGCCUCCUGGAGCCCUUCGAGGAGGCCAUACAGGUGCUGCAGGGGGAGGGUGUGACUUUCUCCCUUGUCAUCCCAUCUCUUAUUGGCUUGGACAAAACGCUGGAGACUCGGUCAACCAACUAUUCUCACUUCUGCAAGGCCCUGCGAGCCGGCCUGCAUGCCCAUUUCCAGAACUUGAUCCUACAGAGGGACCUGAUCCUGGCCACGGCGCUGGACCCCCGAAUCAAGCUGCAGCCCUUCCAGGAUGCUAAGCAGGAGGGUGACAGCGCCACUCUGGCUGCGCCCUCUAAGUUCCAGGCCCGCACCCUAGUGGAAUCCGCCAUGAGCGAUCUGAACCACUGGAGCUCGGCGGAGGAGCCGCCUGCUAAGACUCCGAAGCUGUCGGAGCUGGACCUCUACCUGGCAGAGCCCCUGAUGGAUGGCGACGGCUCUCCUCAGGCCUUCUGGAAAGAGGCACACCGCUUCCCCCAGCUGCAGACCCUGUCCCGCAAGCUCUUGGCCAUUCCAGCCACUUCCGGGGGCUUCGACCGGCUCUUCCCCCUGGCUGGGUGCAUCGUGCGGGCCAGGAGGAGCAAGCUGCCCCCCCACACCACAGAGAGACUGUUGCUCUACAGAGAGUCCCUUAAGAUGAAGGACAGGAAGUAGUCAGAAGCUGACCCCCAGGAGCCCCAGGAUUUCACUAAAAUGGAGCCAAGUUUGAAUGAUCUUUUUUGUAACUCA